GUGUUCUCGAUCAUGAACGUUAUAUUCUCCUGUUCCACCGCACUGCAUUGUAGGAAAAAAUCAAACGAAAAGUCCUACCUGAGGAAAGCCAGGUUACAUCUUAUUCAGAAAACAUGUCGAAGGGGCCAGCUGUUGGCAUCGAUCUUGGGACAACCUACUCUUGCGUAGGGGUUUUCCAACAUGGAAAAGUCGAGAUCAUUGCCAACGACCAGGGGAACAGAACCACACCCAGUUAUGUAGCCUUUACUGAUUCUGAAAGAUUGAUUGGCGAUGCAGCGAAGAAUCAAGUUGCAAUGAACCCCACGAACACAGUGUUCGAUGCUAAGAGGCUGAUUGGUCGCAGGUUUGAUGAUGGAGUCGUUCAGUCAGAUAUGAAGCACUGGCCAUUCACAGUUAUAAAUGAUUCCAGCCGUCCCAAAGUCCAAGUCGACUACAAAGGCGAGGCAAAGACAUUUUACCCUGAAGAGAUUUCAUCCAUGGUGCUUGUGAAAAUGAAGGAGAUUGCGGAGGCCUACCUUGGAAAAACUGUGACCAAUGCUGUAAUCACAGUGCCCGCCUAUUUCAAUGACUCCCAGCGCCAGGCUACGAAGGAUGCUGGGACUAUCUCUGGUCUCAAUGUUCUGCGUAUCAUCAACGAGCCAACAGCAGCUGCAAUUGCAUAUGGCUUGGAUAAAAAGGUUGGGUCAGAAAGAAACGUCCUGAUCUUCGAUCUUGGUGGCGGCACCUUUGACGUCUCCAUCCUGACCAUCGAAGAUGGAAUCUUUGAAGUGAAGUCCACUGCUGGAGACACCCAUCUGGGAGGAGAGGACUUCGACAACCGCAUGGUCAACCACUUCAUCACCGAGUUCAAGCGCAAGUACAAGAAGGACAUCAGCGACAACAAGAGAGCUGUUCGCCGUCUCCGCACCGCCUGUGAAAGAGCCAAGCGCACCCUGUCGUCCAGCACCCAGGCCAGCAUAGAGAUCGACUCCCUGUACGAGGGCAUCGACUUCUACACCUCCAUCACCAGGGCUCGCUUUGAGGAGCUGAACGCCGACCUGUUCCGUGGCACCCUGGACCCAGUGGAGAAGUCCCUCCGCGACGCCAAGAUGGACAAAGCCCAGAUCCACGACAUUGUCCUGGUCGGUGGCUCCACUCGCAUUCCCAAGAUCCAGAAACUGCUGCAGGACUUCUUCAAUGGAAAGGAGCUCAACAAGAGCAUCAACCCUGAUGAGGCUGUAGCCUAUGGUGCAGCUGUCCAGGCCGCCAUUCUGUCUGGAGACAAAUCCGAGAAUGUCCAGGACCUCUUGCUGCUGGAUGUCACUCCUUUGUCCCUGGGCAUUGAGACAGCCGGUGGGGUGAUGACCGUUUUGAUCAAACGCAACACCACGAUUCCCACAAAGCAAACCCAGACUUUCACCACCUACUCCGACAACCAGCCUGGUGUGCUCAUUCAGGUUUAUGAAGGUGAGCGAGCCAUGACCAAGGACAACAACCUGCUGGGCAAGUUUGAGCUGACUGGCAUUCCCCCGGCACCCCGCGGUGUUCCUCAGAUCGAAGUCACCUUUGACAUCGAUGCCAACGGCAUCAUGAACGUCUCCGCUGCUGACAAGAGCACUGGCAAGGAGAACAAGAUCACCAUCACUAACGACAAAGGUCGACUCAGCAAGGAGGACAUUGAGCGAAUGGUCCAGGAGGCUGAGCAGUACAAGUCUGAAGAUGACCAGCAGCGUGACAAGGUGUCUUCCAAGAACAGCCUGGAGUCGUACGCCUUCAACAUGAAGUCCACUGUGGAGGACGAGAAACUGCAGGGCAAGAUCAGCGACGAGGACAAACAGAAGAUCUUGGAGAAAUGCAACGAGGUCAUCAGCUGGCUGGACAAGAACCAGACGGCUGAGAAGGACGAGUUCGAGCACCAGCAGAAGGAGCUGGAGAAGGUGUGCAACCCCAUCAUCACCAAGCUGUACCAGAGCGCUGGCGGGAUGCCCGGGGGCAUGCCCGACGGAAUGGCGGGAGGCUUCCCGGGGGCCGGGGCGGCCCCUGGAGGAGGAGGGUCCUCCGGCCCGACCAUUGAGGAGGUGGACUGAGCUCCUGCCCGCCCCGGCCCCGCGCCCCCUGCCUGCUGGUAGCACAUUUCAACAUGUUUUACUCAUUUUCCACCGGAAUGGGAUGUGUCCGUUCUUUCACUAAGCUUGAAUAUUGAGUUGAUUUGAUAACCGUUCCUAAGUGUUUUGUUGGCAUAAUGUAAGUUAAACGUGUCGCAGAGGAUGCAAAAAACUGAAACUGGGAACCUGUGUACUUUUUCUUUGAUAUAUUUAUGUUCCAGUUGAUCAAGUUGUUUUGCUACAGUACUGUAUUGGCCUCUCUAUUUCUACAUUUAUAUUCCUGAAAAUGUGCCGCAUUUUCUGGCAUUUGCACUUGCACUGUUAACAUGUGGUUAACGUACCGUUUACGUAUCAAAAGCUACCAAAUAAAGAAAUGUUAUGAACAUU